AUGGGGAGAAUUGGCGUCCCUGGUGCUCUGAGAGGCACGGGGCGCCAGCCUUCAACAUUCAGGGACUGGUAUGGGGAGCUCUGGCUGGUAGUGACCAACAAGGUGAAAGUUAUGCGAGAUAUCGAAUCCUCACCAAAAGGUGAUGUUCAAGUAGCUGAGGAUGCAAAGAAGUUUGCAACUCGGACUGGAGCUGAAGUUGGUGUGAUGCUCUUUUCACCAGGUGGAAAACCAUGUUCCUAUGGUUCCACAAGCAUAGAAGAAAUAAUUGAAAAAUUUCUCAAAGUGAAACUAGAGGAUCACCAACGUGAAUAUGCUGAGGGCAAAUCAAAUUAUUUUGAGGCAUUGGAAGAUCUCCAUAAAGAAUUGCAAACAUGUAACGAGAAAGAAAAAAAAUGA